AGACAGCAGAGCCUCAGGAGGCUCUGGCCGCUGAGAAAGAUGAGAAGAGGAGACACGCCCCUUUUACAGCAGGAGUCAAGUCCUUGCUUGGGAAAGAACAUGCCUCGUCAAUUCCCGAAGGUCACUCUGAGUGAGGCAGAUGAGGUGAAACAAAUGCUAGCAGAGCAAGUAUAUGCAUCAGCGCUAAAGGAAGAAGACCACAAGGAUGCCUUAUCACUAUUCACCAUGCCUGAGGAUUGCCCGAUUGGCCUACAACAAGCCAAGGAGCAUGAACUGCUCAAGGAGCUGGCCGAGCAACAGUCGGAGGAGAGCACUAAGAGAAGGCAAAGCUUGAAGAUGAUUCGUUCCCAGUCAAUGUCCCUGCAGAUCCCAGGGAAUACAGAUUUGACGCGGUCAGUGACAGUCACGCCAUACAUGACCCCAAGCUCCACCUGCUCAUCGGUGCAAGAAAACAGCCCGGAAUACCAGAGGGUCACUAUAAGUGGGGACUACUGUGCUGGAAUAACAGUGGAGGAUUAUGAACAGGCAGCCAAAAGUUUGUUUAAGGCUCUGCUUAUUCGUGAGAAAUACUCAAAGCUAGCCUAUCACAAAUUCUGCAGAACCACAGCCAAGUUCCUCCGCAGCACUGAGAACAUCAAAUGGAGCGAAGAAGACGACGUCCUACCAGAUAUGUGCCAAUGUCCAAAAGAUGGGGAGGAUCCGUACAGCAUGGAGAACAUCCCGGAGAAUCUGAACUAUGAGCUGAAGAUGAAGAAUGGGAUAGUCAACGUGUAUGACGAUGCCGAGGCUCUGAGAGAAAACCAUCCCCAUGACUUACCCUACCCAGACUUAGAGACGUUUGCCAUAGACCUUGGUCAAGUGCUGGCAAUGAUUGCAGAUGGACCCACAAAGACCUACUGUCACAGACGACUUAAUUUCUUGGCCUCGAAGUUCUACCUCCAUGAAAUGCUCAAUGAGAUGGCUGAGCUAAAGGAACUCAAAAGUGUGCCUCAUAGAGAUUUCUACAAUGUUAGGAAGGUGGACACGCAUAUUCAUGCAGCUGCCUGCAUGUCUCAGAAACACCUGCUGACCUUCAUCCAGGAAACAUAUAAGACUGAUUCUGACCGUGUGGUGUUAGAAAAGGAUGGACAAAAGUUGACCCUCAAGCAGGUUUUCCACUGUCUCAAUAAGGACCCCUAUGACCUUACUGUGGACUCUCUGGAUGUACAUGCUGGGAGACAUACCUUCCACCGGUUUGAUAAAUUCAAUUCAAAGUAUAAUCCAGUGGGAGCCAGUGAACUACGAGAAAUCUUCCUGAAAACAGACAACUACAUGAAUGGAGAGUAUUUUGCAAGCAUCAUAAAGGAAGUGGCCCACGACCUGGAGGGGAGUAAGUACCAGCAUGCAGAGCCACGUGUCUCCAUCUACGGGCGCUCUCCAGAGGAGUGGGACAGUCUGUCCAAGUGGUUUAUCAACCACAAAGUGUACUCUCCAAACAUGAGGUGGAUCAUUCAAGUGCCCAGAAUAUAUGAUAUUUUUAAGGAGAAGAAGCUGGUACCUAAUUUUUCCAAGAUGCUGGAGAACAUAUUCCUUCCUCUAUUUGAGGCCACUGUUAACCCACAGAAGCACAAACACCUCAAUGUCUUCCUCCAAUAUGUGUCAGGCUUUGACAGUGUAGACGAUGAGUCCAAACACAGCGAUCACAUGUUCUCCUUCAGGAGCCCAAAGCCUGAAGAUUGGACCACAGAUGACAACCCCCCCUACAGCUACUACAUCUUCCACAUGUACGCAAACAUCAUGGUUCUCAACAACCUCAGAAAAGAGCGAGGACUGAGCACCUUCCAGUUCCGCCCCCACUGCGGAGAAGCUGGAUCGAUCACUCACCUGGUCUCUGCCUUCCUCACGUCAGACAACAUCUCACAUGGACUCAACUUGAAGAAGAGCCCGGUGCUGCAGUACCUGUACUACCUGGCCCAGGUGCCAAUUGCAAUGUCUCCACUCAGCAACAACAGCCUGUUCCUGGAAUACUCCAAAAAUCCUCUCCGAGAGUUUCUGCACAAAGGCCUGUGUGUGUCUCUGUCCACAGAUGACCCCAUGCAGUUCCACUACACGAAGGAACCACUGAUGGAAGAGUACGCUAUUGCAGCUCAGCUCUGGAAACUCAGCACCUGUGAUGUAUGUGAGAUAGCCAGAAACAGUGUGCUGCAAAGUGGACUGUCUCACCAGGAUAAGUGCCACUUCUUAGGAGUGAACUAUCUGAAAGACGGACCUGAAGGGAACGAUAUCCGCAGGAGCAACGUCGCGCAGAUCCGCAUGGCCUACAGACACGAUACGCUAUGCAAUGAACUCAGCUUCAUAGCGGAUGCAGUGAAGUCUGAUGCUAUGAACUCCCAGUAUGAUUAAAACGGACCUCACAUUAGACAGAAUCCAAGCAUGCUGAGUUCUCAGUAAUCACAUUUAACUUCAUUUUGAAAAGGGCCAAAGGGUACCUGUGAUGAUAAAAUGAAACUAUAAUAUCCUUACAAUUUAGCAACAAUUCUUAGCCUGUGACAAGUUGAUUAGCAGCAUGCUUUGGAUGACUCAUGGCACUUUGGUCCUCAAAGGUUUAGACAAAACCGUUUGAGGGCCAAGCCCACUAUGUAUACGCAAUUGUAACUUGCACUUUAUUUUAUGAAGGGGGUUAUGUCAUAGAAACGUACAGUUGACAUUUAUUUUAAGUUACUGUAUACACUGUACAUCAGACACGAGAACACUUAAGGUUGAGAGAGCAUUACUCAAAGCUUGGGGAGACUCUGGGGAGAUAACAGAUGAUGUCUGGUACAUUUCCUCUGUCUCACUUAAAUAGCCUGUCUUAAAAUGAUUUGGAAAGAUAUCAAUAUUUGUUUUUUGGGAGAUUUCCAAAGAGACAAGUCCCUUUUAAUGCUUGAAGUUGUUGUUGAAAUGCUGCAUUAACACAUGUGUUUGUUAUAUAAAGCACUAUACUAAAAUGAA